AUGAAGUUCUCCCUUGCUUGCCUCCUUGCGUUGGCUGGACUCCAGUCCGCCCUCGCCAACCCCAAAACCUGCCAAAAGGAAGCACAGUUUGUGAAGCAGGAGAUGGUCGGCCAGAAAUACUCCGAGGCCAUGGCAAAUGCGCUGCAAUCGGAGCCCAUUCGCGUCCUCCACCCAGGAGAUUUUAUCACCAUGGAGUACAACGCUUCCAGACUGAACAUCCAGGUGGAUGAGGACGAUGAGGUUCUGUCCGCCCAUUGUGCUUAG